CUGGAUCUGCCGAUUCAUGACCCCACCUCAUCCCAUGGCUUCGACUCCAGAAGCGGUGGGCCCCGCAAAUCCUAGUCCCAUUUGGAUCCCCAAUCCAACACAGCACGGCACAGUCCAGACCAUGAUUGGCUACCCAGUCUUUGCUUCUGCAUUCCCCUGUCCUGUCAAUAUUAAUUGAUGCUGUUGGGCGAAGACGGCGUUUUGGCACGCUGGAGAGCCAAUAGCUGGGCGCGAAGCAUGGUGCUUUUACUCGGUCAGUUGGUGUGUGGCACGACAUGAGUUCCGCAAAUAUCCUCCGACAGGCGGCACAGCCCAGGGGCCGGCUCGCAGAAUAAUAUAUAUGUAAAGAGCGGCAUGGUAGCUCUGGCUUGCUGGGGGGUCAACAAUUUACCUCCAGCAAUACGCCGUCCAAUAAACGUGACGCCGAUUUCACCACCAAGCCAGAGAGCUCUACCCCGAGUAAACAAAACCCACCAUGGCCACCGAAAAUAAACAAGACACACCUUCGUACGCUGUGCGGGAUGAAGAGAAGGGCCUACACAGGACGACCACGGGCGUGACCAUGUCCCCCGAGCUCUUUGAGAAGCUGUAUCUCACGCCCAAGGUCCCACAUGCCGGCGACUACAACAAGCGCUUUGCCAAUCCCACGGCGCUCGGCUUUGUUGGAUUUGUCAUCUCGACUUUCACCUUCUCCACGGUUCUGAUGGGAUGGGGAGGAGCCUCGGGAUUAACGCCUGUCGCUGGUAUCUUCUUCUUUGUCGGCCCGGUCCUUCUUGUAUUUUCGAUGGUGUUCGAGUGGAUCAUGGGGAACUUCUUCCCGAUGAUGGUAAUGGGCUUAUUUGCCGUCUUCUGGCUCUCCUUUGGCCUUCUCCAGCUCCCGACCCUCGGUCUUGCCACCCCCUACGCUACCGAAGCGGACCCGUCCGGCAUGGCCUCGCCCGAGUACAACGCGACCGUUGCCAUGUACCUCCUGAUAUGGGGCUUCGCCCUCUUCACCUUCUUUAUAUUCACCACCAAGAUCAACGCUGUCUUUGCAAUGAUCUUCCUGCUUGUCAGCUCCGCCGCCUGGGUUCUCGCCGGCGCGUACUGGAAAGUCAGCACCGGUGACUUCGCCAUGGCCGGCCAUCUUCAGACUGCCGGCGGUGCGCUGUUAUUCGUCGUGGCGGUUCUAGGCUGGUACAUGUGCUUCGUCAUCAUGGCGGGCGAGAUGCGCCUCAACAUCAACUUCCCGGUCGGGGACUUGAGCCGCUUCUGGCCGAGGACCGACGUCCCCAUAGACAACGACCAUGAGGAUUGAGUGCGGGGCAAAGCUGGCCAAGGGGGGGUAAUAAUAUAUGAGACUGAGUUAUAGCAUACAAAUAGGAUUUGGGGCUACGU